GCUAAAUUUUUUUUCCUCUUCACCCUUCGUUUUGCUUCCUCGUCCAACCUCCCUCUUCUUUCCUCUAAACCCAACCACUCGGAAUACAACCACCACCCCAACAAACACCCCCUUAAAAAUCACGUACGAGCUCGAAAAGCAGGAAGCGGGCGACAUACACAUCAAAUGAGAGCGGCUGCAUUGAUACUUGCCGUCUUUUUGUUGGCGUCCACCACUACUUUUGAAGGAGCAAGGGCGAUCCCUGUUUUUCACCAUAUCAACGAUUAUGAUCGAGAUGGAAACGUCUGCCCCUUGCUGAGGAAGAAAGAUGUCGAAUGUCCCGUACUUUGCGUGACGAACCAUGACCUUUGCCCUGCAACACUUGCACCAACCUGUCCUUCGGGCCAAUCAUUCUGUCUUGACGGUACCUGCCAAGAAUCCUGCCAAGGCAUCACCAACGCCUGUCUUUGCAAUGGCGAAGCGAUCGGCGCCGCAUAUACCAACUAUGUUCCUUGCAUGGCUGGCCAGCUUGUCAACAUUACCCAUUUCAACGCCGAAAUUGCAGCCCAACAGACCCGAGAUACGUGUUCGUCAGCCGUCGGAUUAGCGUCGUCGUCAUCAGCAGCCAACGCCUCUUCGUCCAUUGGUAUCUGGGGCGAGGACACAACCUCGGCCAUGAUUUGGGCUGAAUGUCCUGUUUUACCUGAACCCACUUUUACUUUUCGUGAACCCAUGUGGAUUGCCGUCUGGUCACUGAUGGGUGCGCAGGCCGGUCUGUUGAUACUCUGGCAUCUGUACAAGACGGGCCGCGAAUUUGCGUUCCAUCGUUCGUUGCGACAAGUCGACGGCAGCGAUGCUGCUGCUGGAGCAGCAGCUGCAGGGACAACAACAAGUGCUCUGUCAAGCGUCGAUGAGAAGAUCAAGGCGGAUGAAAAGAAAGAGCAAGGGGAUCUUGCCGCUGCAGUGGUGAAAGCGAGCGCGGCGGAUUCAGACACGUCAUCGAUACAGGAUUCGGAACGAUUGCGAUUCCGUGGUUUCAAUACCGAUUAUAUCGGCCUGUUCGUCUUUGGAUCAGUCGUUGCCACUACACUCUUGUUUCUGGUCUUCUUGGGCUGUAUCGUCAGUGACUACUACGGUGAUUUGGGUGGGGCAGAGUUUGCCAUCUUUUUACAGUCCGAACUGUCAUCCAAGAUCUUUUGCGCUGUAUGGCAUAUUGCUGCUGCUUGGUUUGUUGGUGUUCUGCUCUUCCGCAAGCGCAUGGUCAACUAUUUCCGUAUCGAGUCGUACGCGCACGCUUCGCAGUAUGUGCAGAUCGAACGACGCCAAGAAGAGCAAGUGUUUUUGGACGAUGGUAACAAGUUGAUUGCCAAACUCCGAAAAUACGAGCAGUUUGUCGUAAAGCGGCUAAACAUGGAUAUUCUGGUCGAGACACAUAAAGUCAAGUAUACCAGUGGAUUGCGGUUCUUUGAAUAUCAAUGCAUGCGCUAUGUCUUCAACGCAAAUAAGCACAAGUAUGAGCCGUAUGAGUUUGACCUUGGAUCAACCAAUAGCAAGCUCCACGAGUAUGCCAGCGGUAUGACAACAGAGGAUGCUGCCAAACGUCAAGGAUUGUUGGGAUCGAAUAUCAUCAAGGUUCAUGUUCCUUCGAUCCCGAUUGCCAUUGCCCAAGAAUUCAGCUCGUACUUGUACCUGUAUCAGAUGAUGUGCAUGUGGGUGUGGUACUACUUCCAAUACUUCCAAAUGGGUCUGGUACAAACCUGCAUCAUCUUGGUGUCUGCAUUUGUCCGCGUGAUCUUGCGUCUGCGCGCCGAAUAUCGUAUCAAGCACAUGGCCGAACACGUCGACCAAGUGUGCGCCUUACGCGACGGUGAAUGGAAAGAAGGCAUUUCGAGCGGCGAUCUUGUUCCUGGCGAUGUAUUCGAAGUGCGCGAAAAUACCCAACUGCCUUGUGACGCUGUGAUUCUGUCCGGUACUGUUGUUGUCAACGAGUCCUCCUUGACCGGUGAAGCCAUGCCUAUCCGUAAAAUCGCCAUGAAUAACGAUGAAAGUGUAUACGACAUGAUGGGGUCGAGCAAGAUCAACACCUUGUUUGCUGGCACAACAGUGAUGCAAGCCACGUCUGCCGGCGAUGGUGACGGUCGUAUCCGCGCAUUGGCUCUGCGUACGGGUAUCACAAGCGAAAAGGGUAUGCUUAUCCACAAAAUUCUGUUCCCGUCUCCCGUCAGCUUUAUUUUCAACGAACACAUCAAGCUUGCCAUCUGUAUCUUGCUGCUGUGGGGCGGUGUUGCGUUUGGAUUGACCUUGUGGUGGAUGGGUCGUGGUGACAUUACCAGCUGGUUCUACGGUGUGUUCAUCAUGUCUCAAAUCUUUUCCCCUCUGCUGCCUGCCGCAUUUACCAUCAACCAGUCCGUGUCGGCUGCCCGUAUGCGCUCGAAGAAGAUCUUGUGUUUGGAUUUACCGCGCAUCAACCUGUCUGGCAAGGUGCGUAUCUUCUGCUUUGACAAGACUGGUACUUUGACCCGUGAAGGUUUGGAGUUUUAUGGUGCUGUUGUACAACCCGACAAGUUGGAUGGCACGUUCGAUGACCGUGUGGAGGAUCCGCUCAAAAUGGACAAGACAUUGGCCAUGGGUAUUGCUACCUGCCAUGCUGUGACCAAGGUCCGUGACCAGUUCAUUGGCAACCCUGUCGAUAUUGAAUCGUUCAAUGCCAUGAAGUGGGAAUUGCAGACGCCGGCUGAUUCUCAGUACCUCGACACCUUGUGCCCUCCUGCCACCACUCCCAAUGAAAAGCCUACUCCCGUACAUGUGCUCCGCCGAUUUGAAUUCGUCCACGCCCGUGCAUCACAAUCGGUCGCUGUUUUGGACCCUGCCACUGAACACGUCCAUGUGUUUCUGAAGGGCUCGUUUGAACGCGUCAAGCAUCUGUCCGUUCAAGACACCAUCCCCACCAACUAUGAUCAAACGGCCGCGAACUAUGCUCGCGAAGGUUGCUACGUCUUGUCCUUGGCACACCGUGACAUGGGUAAACUGGGCCAAGAUGUGACGAUGGAGCAGAUCAAGACCAUGUCCCGCGACGAUUUAGAAAAGGACUGCCAUUUCACUGGAUUUAUCCUAUUCCGUAAUAUGCUCAAGCACGAUACCACGGACGCUAUUACAGAGCUCAAGGAAGGCGAUACCCGCGUUGUCAUGAUCACUGGCGACACUGCACUCACUGGCAUUUUCAUUGCUCGCCAGUGUGGCAUGAUCGAACCACACCAGCGCGUUCUACUCGGUGACUCUGUGGCUGGCAAACUGGUAUGGCACGAUGUGGAUUCUGGCCACGAGGUGGACGUCGACCAAGUCUUAGAAGAGGAUCCUCGCGAACAGCAGGAAAAGCAAGUCGAGUUGGCUGUCACUGGCCGUGCGUUCGAAACACUGAUUGCUCAAAACAAGAUGCGUAAAUAUUUGCUCAACACGCGCGUAUUUGCCCGCAUGACGCCAUCUGACAAAAUCCAGUGCGUCCGUUUGCACAUGGAAAAGGGUGUCACUGGCAUGUGCGGUGACGGUGGCAACGACUGUGGCGCUUUACGUGCUGCCCACGUCGGUCUUGCGCUGUCCGAAGCUGAAGCAUCCAUUGUCUCUCCUUUCAGCACCAGCAACCGAACCGUCAUGCAGUGUGUCGAGCUGUUGAAGCAAGGACGGUCUGCUCUUGCUACAAGUUUCGCCAACUACAAGUUCUUGAUCUUUUACGGUGAAUGCAUGGCUGCAUGGGAAUUGCUCAUGUUUUACUUCACUGUGAUUGCACCGCAGCCUAUCUGGAUUACCAUUGACGGUUUCAUUGUCACGUUCAUGACUUUUGCCAUUACCCAAGCACGCCCAGCCAACAAACUGGGCCCCUCGCGACCCACAGCCAAGCCGGUUGGACCUUAUACUUUGGCAUCUGCCCUGGGUGUCAUUUUCAUCAAUUUCUGGUUCGUCAUCGGCGGUGUUAUCUACCUCUUCCAGCAGAACUGGUUUGUAUGUAACGAGUUCGACAGCAGCUCCAUCGACUCUGCCCGUUGGUGGCUGUUGGGCGACAAUUACGAAUCCGAGGUCAUUGCCCUGGUCAUCAUAUUCCAGUUCUUCCACAAUGCUGCCUUGGUCAACUUUGGUUCUGUCUACAGACAGUCCUGGUGGCGCAACUAUGUUCUCGUCGUCUUUUGGUGCUGUUUCUUUGUCAGUACCAGUUACAUGGUCCUAGCUGAUCCCAACCCGUACAGCUGUAUUUUCCGUAUCAACUGCGGCACGCCAGCUGUAUUAAACGAGAUCGGAUACCCUAUGCCCACCUGGGAUGUGUCAGAAUACAACUCGCCCUUGGGCCACAACGUCAUGCCGGAACCGUUCAGAUGGGGCUUGUGGGGCCUUAUUCUGGGCAACCUUGCCGCCACUACCGUUUGGGAACGCGUCGUUGUUCAAGGCCUCAUGCGCUCAUGGGUCAUGCGGCGCAACAAGAGGAACCCUCCCAAAAACCGUAUUCUGUUCAAGCUGUAAAAGUAUCCAUCCCUUGCUUAAGCACAUAUUUCUCAUCCGUUCCAAGUAUUGUAUAUUAUAAUUGUAUUUCUUCCCUUCUUUAAUUUUAUUCAACAUAGUCGGAGAAAUUCGUAAAUCACAGCAUUCCUCCUUUCUCAUAUCAAAACAUCCUAACCAUUCCCACCCCCCACGUUCUCUCUAUGUAAUUUCCUUCUCUUUUUUUCUUCUACUCUUUGCUUUCAUCAUACAUACUUAAAAUAUAUAAUCUCAUUCAACAUGAAGUAUUCCAGC